AUCUUGGACAAGUGCUAGACAAUCUGCCGAACGGUCAUGCCUUGCCCUCCGCUUUCACUUCGUGAAUACCUCGUCUUCUGUUGAGAACCCGACUUCUGCCCGCGAACCCUGGGCUUCCCUACUACCCGCCACCUUGCUUCGUGGCCGGCGCUGAAGUUGGCACCAGGUGCCCACUACCACGAGGUGCCACGUAGUUGGUCUAGUACACUGGACCGGAACCUCAGCUCUGCUGGGCGGCCGAUAGUCCGAGGCAAACUACUCCCUUGCUCCAUUCUUACACCAUGCCGAUCCCGACAGUGGUGCCCGAUUUUGAGUACGGAACCAAUGCCGCGCCCACCAGCUCCCUGGAGACAUUGGUCCGUCGUCAGCUGGAGAUUGCUGCUAGGGCAGUGGGCACAACGGCUGUAGCACCGGCGAUGACACCGCCGGUCCAUCCAAACAGUCUAAUCAUUGACAUGGGCGACUACUUAACCCGGGCUGCCCGCGUGUGGUUCCACUUGACCACCAACCUGGUUGAUGGACCUCACGUAGGCAUGGCAGUCGUCGAUGCGCAUGAGCAGAUGAGGCUAGAGAACCACGUCUCCGAGUUGUCUCCCAUCAUGCUCAUGGAUCUAGAAUUUGGAAGACUAAGAAAAAUUCGGGGCUUGGCUGAGAAGCUGUCUUGUGACCUUCAGAAUAUUUGGGCGCAGAAACCCUUCUUGGUCUGUGAGACGACGAGCUCCCUGCCGGACUUGGUCCAUCUGCUGGAAAUUGCUGCCAGAGAAGUGGCCAUGUCGGCCACAGCACCAGCGCCGACACCACCGGCCCUUCCAAAUAGUCUAAUCAGUGACAUUGGAGACUACUUGACCCAGGCUGCACGCGUGUGGCCUCGCUUGACCGUCGAUCUGUUUAAUCGGCGGUUGAGUAUACGGAACCACGUCUCCGAUUUGCCUCUCACGGUGUUUAUGAAUGUUGGACUUCGAAGAAUACGCAAAACCGCAUACCUGGUUAACGAGUUCUCGCGCAACGUCCAGAAGAUUUGGCCGCCAAUAAAGACGAGUGUUACCGGAAAUCCGCCCAGUCAAACGCCAAUGACACCUGUGUCUAUGAUCAUAUCAAGAGGGCAACCGUUGUAUGGACCCAUGCAAGAAGUUCAAUCGAGGAGAGAGCUGGCACGACGGAGACACUGCAUGCUAGUCCUGCAUUGUAUCACCUUGUCAGGGAAUUUAUAUCGUCAAUUCCCGUCCCAUGCCAUCUUUAUAACAAACCUAUCUUUUCGGAUCGCCUCUACUCAGCUCUUGGGCACAACCGGAUACCAAAUAAGGAGUUUGCAGUAUAUGCCCAUAAGCAACGCGCAGCAUGAUGCUGCAUCUAGAGGUUCGACUACCCGACCCCGCCGCCUAAGCAGCCUGAGGCGUGGGAUGGGAGACAGGUCUCACAUCUUGCGAACGACAUCUGACGAUAAAUGCUCUUGAUUUACCCAUCGAAUUAAGGUCGAAAGUGAGUCUUUUACAUGAAGAUGACGGUAAUUGUCCGAGGCGGCCGGAGCCGCUGAGAAAAGCACAACCAGUGUUGCUAAUAAUAUGACAAUAAAACAAUAUAUUGCAAUACAUACAAUACAAUAUGCGUUUUCUGAUAUUGUACCAAUAUAAUACGCAGGUUGUGAUAUUGUGACAAUACAAUAUAAGGUUAUCCAUAUUGGCAAUAUAUCGUCUGUAUUGGCUGGCGGAUCUUCGGGCAAAUUGCACUUGUUUUGUUGACAAUUAACGUCGACAUGUGGGGACGCUUGCGAAGAAAACGCGUAACUGUUUUACGUCAGGGGCAAGAAAACGCG